AUGGCGUCACUCGCUUCUGUACAGAGAUGGUUUCGGUGUACUAGAGUCUGUCGCAUGGGAUUAGGUCAAUUGCAAUCAGGGCUAGUUUCUGGAAUCGGCGACGUGGUCGCUCAGACAUACGUCGAAGAAACUCCUUUCGACAAGGGACCGAUGAUACAGAAAACGACGUACAGACUGGUGAGCCAAUUUGGCCAAAUCAGAUGCCCAAUGACCGUACCUACAUCAAUAGCAAUCGAGCAACUGAUGGUUGCUCCACUCGUGAAUGCCAGUGUAAUAGCAUACAGCCGCAUCAUAAGCGGAGACGAAUGGCCUCAAGUCAAAGAAAAAACCAAAGAGACAUUCAUACCAGUCACCGUCAACGGCCUCAUGCUCUGGCCAGUAGCGCAACUGGUCAGCCACGCUCUAGGACCGUUGGACCCCAGAGGGUUAUUUAUUGCUGCAGUCGGUUUGGGUUGGAGCACGUACCUGUCUCACGUUACACUGGGUGAUGGCAAAGCGGAGAUUUUUAACCCUUUUGCUGAGGAAGAUAAGUCUAAGAAAAAAUCCGACAAGAAACCAGAUAAGAAGGCCGCUAAAAAUAAGAAGAAGUGA